UCACAAUUUAGUUUUUUUAUAAUUCACAAAAGUUAUAAAACCCUCCUCCAUUUCACUUGAAACUCACAAACACUCCUUUGUUCUCCCUCUCUUUCUCGAAUCUUCAGUUUUGAACUCUCAACUCUUUCUCUCUUCGCUGUUCCCUUUCUCUCUUCUUGUUAUGUAGGAAAUUGGAAACUUUGGAUUUGAUACACUUUUAUGGUUUUACAGCUCAACUUUCAUCAGCAAUGGCGGUUGAUAAAAUUUUGAAAGAUGAAGCUUCUGAGGAGAAGGGAGAGCGUGCCAGAAUGGCAACAUUUAUUGGCGCACUUGCAAUUGUGGACUUAAUCAAAACAACUUUGGGUCCAAAGGGAAUGGACAAGAUUUUGCAGUCAACUGGUCGUGGUCAUAAUGUUACUGUGACAAAUGAUGGGGCAACUAUUAUGAAGUCCCUCCUUAUCGAUAAUCCCGCUGCUAAAGUUCUUAUCGAUAUUUCUAAGACGCAAGAUGAUGAAGUUGGUGAUGGAACAACAUCAGUUGUCGUUUUGGCUGGAGAGCUUUUGAGAUUGGCGGAGAAGCUGAUUGCGAUGAAGAUUCAUCCCAUGUCCAUAAUAUCAGGUUACAGGAUGGCCGCUGAAUGUGCUCUAAAUGCAUUGUUGAAAAAGGUUGUUGAUAACAAACAAGAUGCAGAUAAAUUCAAGACAGACUUGAUGAAAAUUGCAAUGACUACACUUAGUUCAAAAAUAUUGUCUCAAGACAAAGAACAUUUUGCCAAUAUGGCAGUAGAUGCAGUGAUGAGACUGAAGGGCAGCACAAACCUGGAGGCCAUUCAGAUUAUCAAGAAGCCUGGUGGUUCUCUGAAAGAUUCAUUUUUAGAUGAAGGAUUUAUCUUGGACAAAAAGAUUGGUGUUGGUCAACCGAAACGCAUAGAAAAUGCAAAAAUUUUAGUGGCAAACACAGCAAUGGACACAGAUAAAGUCAAAAUCUACGGGGCACGUGUACGUGUUGAUUCAAUGGCCAAGGUUGCAGAGAUCGAGGGAGCGGAAAAGGAUAAGAUGAGGGAGAAGGUGAACAAGAUUAUAGGUCAUGGAAUCAAUUGUUUUGUUAACCGUCAGUUAAUCUACAAUUUUCCAGAGGAACUCUUUGCUGAUGCUGGAAUUCUAGCCAUUGAGCAUGCUGAUUUUGAUGGUAUUGAGCGCCUUGCUCUGGUAACUGAUGGUGAGAUUGCAUCAACUUUUGAUAACCCAGAAUCAGUUAAACUUGGACAUUGCAAACUGAUCGAGGAAAUUAUGAUUGGGGAAGACAAGUUAAUUCAUUUCUCCGGUGUUGAGAUGGGACAGGCAUGCACAAUAGUACUGAGGGGGGCAAGUGAGCAUGUGCUCGAUGAGGCUGAGAGGUCCUUACAUGAUGCCCUGUGCGUGCUGUCUCAGACAGUGAAUGACAGCAGGGUUUUGCUUGGGGGUGGUUGGCCAGAAAUGGUGAUGUCAAAAGAGAUAGAUGAGCUGGCUAGGAAGACUCCGGGAAAAAAAUCCCAUGCAAUUGAAGCUUUCUCACAGGCACUCCAGGCAAUACCGACAAUCAUUGCUGACAAUGCUGGAUUAGACAGCGCUGAGUUGAUUUCAAAGCUUCGUGCAGAGCACCACCAGAUAAACAGCACUGCAGGAAUAGACGUGAUCACUGGAACUGUUGGAGAUGUGGCUGCUCUGGGUAUUUCAGAGUCAUUUAAGGUAAAGCAGGCUAUACUACUAUCUGCUACUGAGGCAGCUGAAGCGCUUCUCAGGGUUGAUGAGAUCAUCAGAUGUGCCCCAAGGAGGAGAGAAGAUAGAAUGUAGAACUGGAAAUGGUUUUGUAUUAUUGGACCUUAGCUUUUACUAUAUUUGUGUUUUAUGUUAAAACUUAAGAAGGCAAUAUGGGGUUUUGCUUUUCUUCCCUGUGCAAUGUACUGUUUUUCUGAUCUUGAAUUUAAUCUGUUAAUCUCUAGUUUUGAGUGUGAAUUGGUAUA